AGUACGGGCCCAUCAGUCUCACGCGUUCACUGUUGUCACCACCGGCACUGUUUCUGUGCGAGGAUAUCUGUCACGUACACAACACAAUUUCACGCGAAAGCAAGUACCGUUUACAAGACUCAUUUGUUGAGAGUAAAUAACAAUGGCCGUCAACACCGCCACGCAGAAAAGCGAAGGCAACGUCUCCCACCCAAGUCGACUACAACUCAUCUACGCCUCCCAUCAGCAGCUCGAAGAUGAGCUUGACACUUUACGCGCCUACGUGAGCGCCGCCAAGAAGCACCAUCCGACGGCCGACAGCGAAGAGGGCGGCUUCUCUCCUUGGACUGGAGUGCAGGACGCCGCGAUGAAGUGCAUCGGCAAGGCGGUCCACUGUCUCCGCCUGUUCAACCCUGGACGCAAGGUCACGCACUUCAAAGGCAUGACGACGCUCACGAAGCUCUACGGCUCGGAGGCAACGCCGCAGAACCGCGUUGUGGCUUUCCUCGCGAGUGUGCAGGAAAGUUUUGGGGACGAGCUGCCACUGGAAAUCGUGCUCAGCGGAGGCCGCUGCCUGCAAAGACUCGACCCCGCUGCGGCCGACAACUACUUGGUAGAGCGCAUCAACGACCUCCUUGCUCCGCCGCAGCUGACGUGCUCGGCAGACGACAAAGAGGGGAUGGCCUUCAUUGGACGCUAUCGAGACUGCUUAUUGCUCUCUCGCAGCAGCCCAGCGUACCGUGUCCACUUACGCGCGCUGCUCCUCCUCCAAAUUGAAGCCGCCGCACAGGCGGAGCAGGAGACGCAUAAGCUGACGGUCUUCGACGCGGAAAGGCUCGAGGACGCUCUUUCCAGCGCCACCUGCGAGGAACUGACCAAAUACGAGAAAGUGUGCUGGAGGGAGGCGGCGCGGCUGCGGGAGCUGAAGGCCGCACCAGCUCUCCCGGCAUCUUCCGGAGUCGCAGCAGGAGAGAAGAAUGCGUCAUCUUCGCCAUCGCCGACUGCGGGGACGACAAUGACGCACACCUCGCAGUCGCCUGGCGCAGUCGAGAGCCGCCGUGGUGCUGCGGCCGUCACGUCGCACUUUGCCGGUCUCUCCGACUGGAGGUGGCACGCUAUACGCAUUUCCAUUUUGAUUUUGUUGGCGGUGCUGGUGCGCUUUGCCUCCGGUCCGCUUGCACGUGCACUGAAGAGUGCACUGCAGGUGACCCACACCGCCCAGACACGCCGGCGCACAUUGACGCUGUGA